AUGGGUGACCCUGGAGAUAUGUACUCCGAAUUAGCACCACACCUCGCCCAGGUGAGCGGAAAACAUUCAAUCAACACAAGGAUCCACAGAUGUUUGAUGGCGCAAGCCUUCACAACAGAUGUUCUCGUGGCUGGCGGCGGCCUAGGUGGUGUUGCUGCAGCACUUGGGGCUCUACGCAGAGGUCGUCGUGUGUUCCUAACAGAAGAGUUCGAGUGGCUAGGAGGACAGUUGACUAGUCAAGCCGUCCCUCCUGAUGAGCAUGCUUGGGUCGAGCAAUUUGGUAUCACCCGCUCUUACCGGGCACUGCGUGACGGAAUUCGGCAAUAUUACCGUGACCAUUAUCCCCUGACGAAUGAGGCAUAUCGAAGACCCGAAUUCAAUCCUGGAGCUGGACAUGUCAGCAAACUAUGUCACGAGCCUCGCGUUGCUGUGGCCGUCAUUGACGCGAUGCUACUGCCAUUCAUAGGGAGCAGGCAAUUGGUGAUUGCCAAAGGGACAAAACCGAUUUUGGCCCAGAUGGAUGGUCUGCACGUUCGCUCGGUGAAGUUCCGGAAGAUAGAUUCGGGCGCAACAUUCACAGUUCACGCAGACUAUGUCAUUGAUGCGACAGAACUCGGUGACCUGUUGCCGUUGACCGGCACGGCUUAUGUUACAGGCUUCGAAUCCCGCAACGAUACUGGGGAGCCCAGUGCACCCGAAGUGGCACAGCCUGAUAACCAGCAAGCGGUCUCCAUUUGCUUCGCAGUUGACCAUAUCGAUGGAGAAGACCACACAAUUCCCAAGCCGGAAGAGUAUGACUAUUGGCGCAAGUGCAAUCCCGCAUUCUGGGGUGCCCCGUUGCUCAGUCUCAGCGCACCACAUCCACGAACACUCGAGACCGUGGAACGUCAAUUCACCCCCAACCCCAAGGACGAUCCAGCACUCGUCCAGGCAAAUCAGCGCAAGUCAGGAGGGGAUAUGAAUCUCUGGACAUUCCGUCGAAUUGCAGCCCAGGACAAUUUCCGACCCGGUGCGUAUCAGUCAGAUAUAUGCCUCGUAAAUUGGCCGAUGAUUGAUUACUUCGAAAGGCCAAUCAUUGACAUUUCAGAACGCGAAUAUGAAGAUCGUCUCGAUGCUGCAGCUUCGUUAUCGUACAGCAUGCUCUACUAUCUUCAGACUGAAUGUCCUCGAGCUGAUGGAGAAGGGCGAGGCUAUCCAGGCUUACGUCUCCGCGGAGACGUGACUGGUACCGAACACGGCCUGGCAAUGGCCCCAUACAUUCGUGAAUCCCGCCGUAUCAAGGCUCUCACAACAAUUGUGGAGCAGGACCUCUCACUAGAAGUUCGAGGCCAAGCGGGAGCAAAGCACUAUCCUGAUAGUGUGGGCGUUGGCAUGUAUCGUAUUGACCUCCAUCCAUCCACUGGUGGUGACAAUUACAUCGAUGUCGCCUGCUGUCCAUUUGAGAUCCCUCUGGGCGCUUUAAUACCACCGGACCGUCCUAACCUCCUUGCUGGGUGCAAGAAUAUAGGCACCACGCAUAUCACGAAUGGUUGCUAUCGGUUGCACCCCGUUGAGUGGAAUAUUGGCGAAGUUGCGGGCUGUCUUGCCGCACACUGUCUCGAUACCGGUCUCUCGGCACAACAGGUGCAAGGGGCGAGGGAUCUUUUUGAGACAUUCCACAAUGUGUUGGAAAAGGAAGGCAUUGAGACUUCCUGGCCCGACGUUCAAGGUUAUUAG